AUGGUGACGGGCGAGGGCGACUACUGCGCGGGCGAGUCGCACUGGACGUGGAGCUUCCUGUGCGCUGCGGCGGAGGCGAAGGCUCUCAACCGCACGCUCAUCAUUCCCAUGGCCAGGUGCCUGGACGCACGGCAUACUUUGUCGCAUCUGACGGAGGAGAAACCGAUGGUGCUGUACUAUGCCAUGGAUCACUGGCCGCGCAUGCAGCCCAUAAUGCUGGACCUCCAAUUCGAGCUCAAGAUAGGGCCGCUGAACGUGACGAUUCUGAGAGAGAGGUACAACAUGAGCGUGCGUGUGUUUGAGGCGAAGGCGCCCACGAGCCGGCUGGAGAGUGAGGAUGCGCGCAAUGCGACGCUCAUCAUGCGAAGAGCACUGUUCGCGUACCAGAUGUGCGAUGAACACAGGAGCGAGAAGCGUCUGGUGCGCAACUACAACCUGAUCCAGCGUCCCAUGUACCUGCGGCGCCUAGCAGAGGCGAUUCGGCGCAGCAUUGGCGGGGACUAUGAUGCCGUGCACGUGCGGCGCGGAGACAAGCUCAACCGCUACUACUGGCCGCACGUUGACCGCGAUACGCGCCCUGAUGCCCUCUUAAAAAAGCUACCCAAGUUCAUAAAGCCGGGGCGCCACGUGUACAUAGCGUCGAACGAGCGCACUCCGGGCUUCUUCAGCCCGCUCGCCUCGCUCUACAAGAUCCACGUGCUCUCCGACUACCGCCACCUCUGGGCGCCCGGCAGUGACUGGUACAACGCGUGCUGGGAGCUCAUGCAGAGACAGCGAGUCUCAUUCAGAGAGACUGGCCCGGUGUUUGACGCUCAGAUGCAGUGGAUAGUGGAUCAGCUUAUACUGAGUCAGGCAAGGAAGAGGGUGGAGACCUUCCCUGACCUCACUAACGAUAAGAAACACGCCAGUCUUAGAUAG